CAGCCUUCCCGCGGGGUGUGACGCCACACCGCGCCGUCGCCGUGACGUCGCGGGGGCGUGACGCAGACACGCAGAGGGGCGCGUUUGUAAGUUCCCUUCCCCCCGUGGCGGUGGGGGCCGCGACUCGGGCGGGCGGGCGGGCAACGGCGGGGAUGGCCUUGGGGCGCGGCUGCGCCCGCGCCCGCUCCCUCCCCUACGGGCCAAGGCGCUGGCGACCGGGAAGUAGGAGGCAGCGGCUCCCGGCGGCAGCGCCGUGCGGAGGUUCAAUGAUUAUGCCGCAUUAGAUGGAAGGAGUGUUCUUCAUCUGUGACUUGGGGUGUUCCAAGGAUUUUUAUGUGCAGAGGAAUUGAGAUGGAUGAAAUAUUUUACUGGCCAUAGCAGCAGCAGGAUGUAUAAGUGAUUUUUCCUUCUGGGAAGAUAUCCUGAUGAGCAUAUGACAAAGAUUUGCAGACUGUAACAGAUGAGAUAUGAGGAAGAAAUUAUGCUGAAGGACAAAAAAGCAAAAACUACCUGGCCCAAAAUGGAGUGUGUGUUGCUGCAACUAUUUCAGUACGCUUUAAAGUGUUGGAAAUCCUAAAAUGGAAGAAAAACUUCUGAUUUUUUUUUUUUUUUCUGUGAAAAGAUCUUGUUGAGCAAUGCGGCCUUAAAGAAGGAUGUCUUACACGGAACAUUGUAACUAUUAAAGGACAUAAUGCAGAAUCCUUUAAAUUUUUCUGCAGGUGGUGUUUUUUUGCAUGCUAAUCCUGCAGAGAAACAUUGUGUCCAACAAAGUAUGCUGGGUCAGCAAAACCAAGAAACUUGUACUGGAAAGACAGUAUCCACAGAUUGCACAAACUCAAUAGGCUCGGACUUAUCCUUGUGCACAGAUAAACACAAAUCCCCUUCGGAUAUAAUACGAAGUUUUCAGAAGAAAAGUCAGUUUAGGACCAUUGCUCCAAAAAUGGUACCAAAAAUUUUAACAUCUGGAGUUGUUUCUUGUCUUCAGUCAUCUUUGCCUGAGCAAAAUACACCGAUUUCAGCAGCAGUUUCUAAACCGCUGGUAGUACCAACUCAAAACUACGCUGUCAUGCAGGUGGCUGGUCAUGAGGGGACUUUUUCUCUGUUGGCCUUGCCAUAUGUUGCCCCUGCGCUAACCCAAGUCCAGCAGUCAAAUGUGACUCCUUCUGAAAACCUAAAGCUGCCUAUCCCUAGGUACCAAUCUGUAAGAAAUAAAUUGCUAAGUGACAAAAAAUCAGCACAAAUCUCUGUUUUGGGUGCACAUAACAAGUUUCCAACCAAAGCAUCCUUCUCAUCACAGCCUUCCCCCGUGACUACUUUAACUGAACACUGUCCUAAAACUCAUUCUAGUUCAGAUUCAACUGAGCAAGCAAUGCUAACAGACCGUGACUCAGCUGAAAUUACAAUUGCCACAUUAGUAAAUAAAAGCAAUUGUGUGGAAUCUGGAUCUCCUUUAGUGAACAAAACUGAAAUUGCUAGUGGUAAUGUUUCUGGACCAUCUGUAGUUAAAGACUCUUUUUGCAAGCUGGCAAGUACAAUUAAUCCCAUGAAACUAAGUCUACACUCUGUGAAGACAGCAUCUGAAACCACAAGAGAGUCAUUCAUAAUGUCUGAGAAACUAAAGGAAAAACCCACAAAUUCUGCAAAUUCUGUUGCUGUCCUGUCACCGGCAGUUUUUGGCAGUACAAUACAAAUGACUCCAUCAGCACCAAAAGGAAAACUUCCUAUUUUGCCUUACUCAAGGAUGAAAAAUUCAGUGUUCUGUAAAUCUAAGCAGAAUAGUAAUGUUGUGGAUGUAUCUGGUCCUUCACUGAGAUCUGAAUGUGAAAAGAUACCAGCUUUGGCAAAAACCUUUCAUGUUCCUACCAAAACAUACGAUAAGCGAUUAGCUGUAUCAUUUACACAAGUCCCCAGACAAACCAUUCGAGAAAAUACCUUCUCUCCAUCCAAUAAAGCGGAUGUUGACAGUCUUAAAAAAUUGAAUGGUGCAGCGUCUAAAAGAAGAAGCAGAAAAAGAAGAGCCCCAGAUGAUUUAUUGGCUUUUCAGACCAAGCGAAGGAAAUGCAUCAUUAAUAAGUUUAGAGAAGGAAGAGAGAGGAUGAAAGUUGAUCUUCAGCCACCUGAAGACAAAAAAGCAGAGGCAGUGAAGAAGUACCGUAGUAUUAGACCAAAACCAGUGGUAGUUGUGCAGGCUUUUGCACCUCUGACUUCUGCAGCAGUAGUAGAGACACCAUCUCCUGACUGCUUAGACCAAGAUAUUUUCUUAAGUAGUUCACUUCCCAGUAAAUAUUUAAGUUACAAGCACAGUGAUGCUACAUCAGCUAAAUCAAGUGAUUUAAGUAGAAACGUAUGUUCAGCGGUACCUAAGCCAUCGCAUAAAUGUCAUGUUUGUAACCAUAUCUUCCAGUUUAAACACCACCUUCAGGACCAUAUGAACACACAUACAAACAAGCGGCCUUACAGUUGUCGAAUUUGCCGGAAAGCAUAUAUUCAUUCUGGAAGCCUGAGCACACAUAUGAAACUUCAUCACAAUGAAGGCAAACCCAAAAAGCUUGUGUGCUGUGAAUUCUGUGCUAAAGUUUUUGGCCAUGCAAAAGUGUAUUUUGGCCACCUCAGAGAAGUGCACAGGGUUGUUAUCAGCACCGAGCCCUCUACUAGUGAGCAACAGCUGCAAGAUGCCUUAAAGAAGAGAGACGUGAAUGUAAAAGAGGCAGAAGAAGCAACAGAGAGGGGAAGUAAGUGCAAUUUUGAGGACCUGUUCCAUAACCCAGGAGAAGUGAAAUUACAGAUCAGAUGUGGUCGAUGCCAGUUUAUUGCACAGUCUUUUGGUGAAAUGAAGUUUCACUUAUUGUGCUCUCAUGGAGAAGAAAUCCAGGGAAGAGUAAAGGAAGGGGUUUUGCAAGGAAAUAGAGGAGCUAAGGGGGAACUGAUCAAACAUGCAGCCCACUUCUGGAAACAGCGCAAUGAGAGAAGACAUUCAGCAAAAUGCAGUGCCCAUGAGGAGGAGCUUUAUACUUUUCCAAAACUGAAAAGACAGAUAUACUUUCACCAUCAAAAUAAUGUUGAUAUGUUAUCUAAAAGUGAACUGACUCAGUCAGGAAGCGGUGAAGCAGCCAGGGAGAUACAGAAUGUAGGUUUUGGUGCACCAAGCAAAAAAAUAGAAAUUUGGUCUAAAGUAGGCUAUAACUGCAUUUUAUGCAAACAGUUAUUUGGAAGAAAAGAGGAUCUUUGUAAUCAUUGGCAAAGUCAUCAUAACUGUGAAGAUCCUUCCACUUUAUGGACGAUUUUUAGUUUGUUAUCAAAACAAGGAAUUAUUGAACUUUCUAAUAAUGGUGACUAUUGAAGCUCAAUUAUACAAUGCUAUGAAAAACAUCAACUACCUUACCAAAUAGUUUAUGUUUUUUUGCUGUGUUGCUAAACUAACUCAAGAGAUGUAUUGCUUUGGAGGUUUGCUUAGUGGAUUUGUUGUUUGUUUUUUGUUUUUUUUUUUUUUUCUAAGUUAUGCUAACCAUUAUUUUGUUAAAAAGAAAAUUUAUUUAUCUAGUAUCAUUCCAGAUGGGUACAUGCAAGCUGAUUAUGAAACACUGGACUUAAAAAUAAUGCUUAAAGAAUGUAGCAGCAGCAAAUACUCAGUACUAAUGGUUAACAUCAAGGAAAAAGAUUUUCAGGCUAAAUUAUACUAUACACACAGAAAUAAAUCAAUUUCUAUGAAGUAAUCUCAAUCUUGAAUGAAAUGACAAAUCAGACUGGAAGUGUAAUUUGAGUCUCAACUAUAUUUCCAGAUUUUGUGGUAAAUAAAUAUUUCUAUGCAGUUCUUUGGAUCAUUUUAAUGUGCAAACAUGCAGCCAGCAUUCAGGCAGUUUAUAAUCUAUAAUUUAAGAGCUUUUAAUUCUUGUUUUCUUGGUUUCAGUGUUUUCAAUCAUGUUCAUUGCUUUACAGGUUUGUUAUUGUCAGGUCUUUCAGGUGUUAUGCUCUGUCCUGGUAACAGCAAGGAUCUUUGGGUUUUUGAAGUGAAAAAUCUACAUGUAUUUUUUUGCCUGUAGCUCUGGGUUGAAGACAAGUUAGUUGCCACCCCUGACAAUGGAACUCUCAAAGCUUGACUGUUUUAUGAAAAAAAAUAUGAGUUUGUUUUAAAAAUAAUAAUCUGAGUUGGUUAGUCCUAAGAAGUUUGACAUUCUGCAGGAGACUGCAUGUUUCACAGUGAACUUUUAGCAUGUUCCUUGCACCUCCUGUGACAUCAGCACUACCGCUGCCAGCACCAUUAGCACUCUGCCUUUAGCACUUCUGAUAUGUAGCUUUUGUAUCUCUGCAGUUGACCCAGUCUGUGUUUUUAAUGGGAGAUUGUUCCUUCACUUCUAAGUCUUUGGUACAGGUAAUGAGGUUUUUUCACUUGUGUUGGCAGAUUUACUGUACUAAAGGAAUUGCGUGCAGCACCUUAACCUUCCAGUAUCAGGAGCCAGUGACAGUUACCUUACCGGGAUGCAAAGCUGUGGCAGCCUGAAGUGCAGGAAUGGUGCCUUCUGUGUCCUCCGGCUGCGGAGCGGGCACGGGAAGUGACCAUUUCAGCACCUCUCCAAGGGGGCAACUCAGUUCAGGAUAUAAGGAGAUGGAGUUCUGGAGCUCAGUUUUGAUGAAAAGGUCAUUGAAGCCAUUGAACCUAGUUUGAAAUCGGUGUUUAAACCACUGUUACUUAAAGCCUUAUGUACCUCUGAACUAUUUUGGGAGCAAUAAUGGAGACAGUGUAAGAAAUCACUAUAUCUCUGUGCAACAGAAGCCAGAGCAUGUCAGAGGGCAAACUGAAAAAUACACCACUACUGUCUCUACAGUACUACUCUAUUCAUUUCUUCUUGUGGUCAAGCUGUAUUUGAGGGAUUGCAGUGAUGAAGGAGUCGUUCCUAAAAUGUCCUGCUUUGCCUCACUGUUUUGCAAGAGUUGUGAUGAGAACAUGAGGAGAGAUCUAAAAAUGCUGGGUCUUCUGAGUGGGAUUCCAGAAACUGUUGCAAUAUUUUGUGUAUGUGUUUUGGUUUUAAACAGUAGAGGCAAUUUUGAUGAGCUAAUACUUUUGAAUGUAAUUUCUUGUUGUAUGAUGCUUUGCCCUGGAGUUGAACUAUAAGACUGGAGCCAAGAAAAAUAUAAGACAAAAGGAAAAUGUUCAUAGAACUGUACAGGUGCUUGGUAAGGUGGAAGAAUCCCUGUGGAUUUUCAGAACUUCCUUCCUACUAUCUGUUGGUCUAAAUGCAUAUUUGUGGUUGUUUCUUUGCCUUUGUAUAUUACUUUUGUAUGCUGAACUACUUUAAAUACACUACUAGUUCUUAUUCUUGACACACCCAUCUUUUAAUGCCUACAGUAUAUUCAUAUUUAUUUUCACUGGGUAGAUGGAGGGAAAUGUAUGGCGUAUUUGGAAAGGAAUAGCUAAUUUUAAAGUCAGUGUUUCAUAUCAAACUGAGACUAUAUUUAACUUAGUAGAGUGUGUUUGCAUUUAGAAGUGUUUUUCCCCCCAACUCAAUCCUUUAACUUUCAAAAUCAAACAGCUUGAUGUUUUCCCUGAAACAGAAAUGUGAGAACAAUCCCUCCUUCACAUAGUUACAGUACAUCAAAGGGAAGUUAAUUCCAAGCAUAAAGUGUGCAUUUUAAGUGUUGGGCAAAAAAAACAUAAAAAAGGUUUGAUCACAUUCAUUAUUUAGAGCAGACAUUAAAUCACCUUUCUUGUAAAAUCACCCUUCUUGCAAAACCACAUAUGCCUAUACUGUACUAUAUUUUAAGCUAUACCAGUUUAAAAGGAGCUGAAAUGAAUGCAGCUCUGAGAUUAAGUCCCUCCUGUUCAGGAACAGCACCAAUGAUGGCAGAGCUGUGCUUCCAAAAAUAUUUUCAAACAGUGUUUGUUAAAAAUGGUGGUGCAUCAGCCCCAGUGAUACAGGUGAGUUGUUUGGUUGUGGUUAGCAGGCAAGCAGACUCACUCGCUUUCAUUUGGUGUAAAAGAAGAGGGAGCUGCAAUGAUGAUGGGAGGAAGGAAGUUUGGGAUACAAGAGAGUUGAAUUUUUUUUAAUUGAAAUUUUCAUAUACAGUCUUUUCAUCAUAUUUUUUUACUUCUCUCCCUUUCUCUAGUCCAGGCCAAAUGGGCAAAGGGGUUUCAGCUUUCAGCAAUUUAAAGCCUGAAAACAUGUUUUUAAAGCAUGGUUCUAAGGCACUUCUCAGUGUCCUCAUAAAUGUUUAAAAUUAGAAGCCUUUUUUUCUGAGCCUGAAAGCAUUCUUAUGUUUCAGGCAGUUUGAUUAUGGUAGAUUAUGAAAGGUUGGGAUUUUUGAAAGUAGCUUUGCAUUAAAUACAGAUGUGUCCUUUGUUUAAAAUGUGUUUGUUUUGCAUUUAUGUUCAUUUUGAUAACAUUUGGAAGUAUGAAGUGAGACCUAUUUACAGCAACAUUAAAUAUUGUGUGUUUGCUGUUCAGCGGAAGGGUUGUUAGGAACACAGUUUGCUGUUUACCUUCAAGCUGGACAAGUUAACAUCUGGUUUUGCACAUAAAUUAUAUUUUUAAGUUGUUAAAAUGAAUGUUAUUGGUUUUGUAGCUGUAGUUUUGUUCCCCUCUGAUUUUUCAUUAAAUCUCUGUUUCAGCUUCACUGUUCAACUUUAAAGUUGUUCCUCACAUGGAAAGUUGUUCCUUCAUCAUCACACCAUAAAUAAUCAAAGCUGGAGGAGUUCCAUUGCUUCUCUGGCUUACAGAGUAUUGCCCUUCUCCAGCUGCAGAGCUACAGUUUCCUAUGGCUAACUUGACAUAGUUGCUGGCAGUAAAUGUUUGACUUAAUUUAUUUAUUAAAAUUUAGAUCUCUGCUGUUUA